UACCUGGCUUUCUCAAUGCAAGAUGGCUGCGCCCAUUAAUAAUUUCUCUGUUCAAGACUGUAAAGCUGCCUUAAAUGAUGUUCUUGAAGCAUUUCUGCUCCCAGAAAAUGCUUCAAGGAUAAAGGAAGCAAAGGAGACUGCUGGUAAUGAUAUGCUUAGAGCUAUGCAGAUUGUGUUCCCAGCUGUCACACAGAUACAGAUGGACGUGAUAGAGAGAUAUGGCUUUACCCCAGACGGAGAUGGUGUGAUCAGAUUCACUCAAACAGUUAAGGCCUAUGAGAAACAGGACCGAGAGAUCGCUCAGCUGAAUCAGGAACUAAAAUCAUGGCUGAUCCCUCCAGUGUCCCUGUCUUCCUCGGAUGGUACAGACACUUCUGGAACUUCAUAACGUCAUUUGGUGGUGCUAGUAAUCUGGAUGAUGUCAAACAAAAGUUAGAAUUAUCAGUAAAUGUUGGAGCUAAUAAUCCAGAUGGUGUUAAACAAAACUUAGAAUUAUCAGUUUAUUUCUAAGGCCGAGCCAAGACUGAAAAAUCAUGAAUUCUUAAAUAUUUAUGACUUGGAUUAGUUCUGCGUUGCAGGCUACAAGAUAGAGUUGCUUGGUUACUGAUAAGCCAAUUUGCCAUAGUUAGUUAUCCAGUAGUUAACUGGUAUAGAAAAAGUGGGGUUUAAAGACAUGGUUACAUCAAAGGAAUUUCGGGGAAUUUUUCUGGCAUAUGAACAUCACUUAAAAAAGUUUUGAAUACCACUUAAAUCCAAGAGAUAUAGUGGGUUCUGGAAACUUUGUGUGAGCCUCGUAUUCUUGGCUCCCAUUGGCUGUAUAGCAUAUCACUAAAUCAGCUGACAGAGUGAAAUGAGGGGAAGUAACUGUGAUCACAGGUGUCUGCUUCUGGUGAGUAUUAAUAGAAAGAAAAAAAUAGCCCCUACUCCUACUAUAUCAACAAGGUGGAUAUUGAAGGAGUAGAGGCUAAUAUUUUUUUCUAUUAGUACUAACCAGAAGCAGACAUCUGUGCUGUGAUAGAUCAGAAUGCUGCUGCACAGGAAAAGUUGCUUAGAACUUUUAACAUCAUGCUAAAUAAUCACUUCAGUAAUAUAUGGUAUUGUAUUAUGAAUUUUGUCACAUAUUUAUGGGAACAAAGUUGUCGAGCAUAUUGCUAUAGCAUCUGACCGAGUGAAAUAAGGGGAAUAACAGUUAUAAAUCAGAAUGCACAGGAAAAGUUACUUAGAAUCCAAGACUUUUAACAUAAUUCUAAAGAAUCACUUCAGUAAUACCUGGUAUUGUAUUGUAUAUGCAUUUUGUCACUUAUUUUUGGGAACAAAGUUGUCGAGUGUAUUGCUAUAGCAUCUGACAGAGUGAAAUAAAGGGAAGUAACUGUGAUAAAUCAGAAUGCACAAGAAAAGUUUCUUAGAAUCCCAGACUUUAAUGUGAGUGUGAAGAAUCACUUUAGUAGUAUUAUAUUACGUAUGUAAUUUGUCACAUAUUUAUGGGAACAAAGGGUGGGCCAUAUAUGGGAACAAGGGUAUUGGGAUAGGAUCAGGUUUAAGCUACCUUACAUGGAAAAUAACAAUUUAGUUGGUGUCUUCAGUGACCAGAGCAGUAUCUCAGAAUGUGGUUACAUAUACAGCUACUGUACUUACAAGGGAACAAGGGAGAAGAUAGACAGGAUGGUGUGUUUUAUUAUUUCUUACCCAUUUCUUUUUAAAUCUAUUAUUUUACUGAGUUAAAUAACAAAAUUGAUGAUAAAAAUAAGUUGUUUUCUUUUUAUUUUCCAAUUGUUCAUAAACUGCUGUUGAAUUCCUUCAUAUCAAAAAUUAAGUUCCUUUUGUCAAGAAGUAGUCAUUGUGUAUGAAGAUCGAGCUUCAGAAUGUAAGAUUAUUAAUUACUUGUGUUCAGAAAAAAGUUCUUGAAAUAAAAAUAGCAGGCAUUUCUUUAUGAUAAGAAAUAAAAUUCAGAUAUUUGGUACAGAAUGAUUAUUCCUGAUAAAUAAACUAUCAGCAUAUUUUCUUUACUUGACACCCUCCCAAUGACCUUCCGUUUUGGUGUAACAGACAUAGAACAUAAUUAUGAAAUAUACUUUUUUUUUAUUGCUGCUUAUGAGAUACGAGAUACAUAUUCAUAUUUUACUUAUGUGUAAUGUACGAUACAUUCAUAUUAUAAACAUAAGGAUAUUUUAAAUAGUCUAAUUAAAAUUAGCGUUGCAUAUUGAGUUGUAAUGUGAAAAUAAUGUCCAUUUACAUGUAUGAAGUAUUGAUGUAUGUGAUUAUGUGGAAAAAAAUCUAAUCUGAAUAAUUUUUUUUUUUUUUUUUUUUUGAAUAAGCGUAGGUAGAACUUUUGAACCAAGCAUAUAUAGCUUAUUUAAUAUACUUCAACUGUAGAUGUAGAAAAAUGUUUGAAUAGGCACCAUUCAGGUACAUGUAUGUUUGUGUUAUAUGUUGGAAUGAUAGGAAAAGUUUGAAUUUCAGAAAUCUGUUUUAAUUCUCAUAUCACACAGUUUGAAUUUACAUGGCAUCAGUCAUUGUAGUUUGUAUAUAUCAAUAUCUGAAGUUCCUUGUGUUUAUUUACAUAACGUAUGGUUGUAUUUACACUUCUCUCUAUAUGUAAUUUUUCGUUCAUUUUCCUCGAAAAAAUAGGGAUGAUGGAUGAUAUAUUGCUUCCAUGUGUCAGUUGUCUAUGAAAUGUAUUUAAUUUCUGUGGAACCAAGUUCUAAAGAAAUAAGUUUUCGUUAAUUUUUCCCAAAAAAUUAGGAAUGUAGGAUGAUAUAGUGAUUUUUUUCCCAUUUUAACUAGAGAGACCAACUUUGAUGUGUCAUUACAUGUAACUCUUAUUUGUCUAUAAAGUGUAAUUAGAUUCUGUGGAACUUAGUUCUACCGAAAUGUGCGUUUAAAUUCAUUGCAAGAUGAAAUCUUUGCUUUCUUUCAUAAAAUUUUGUGGUGUCAAAACCCUGGUGAGAUUAAUGUCUUUGGUCCAAUAACUAUAUAAUGUAUAAACAUUUACAUUAUUUUACAAUUUAAACAUGUUAUAAGGUAUUGUUUUAUUUGAAUGAUAAUGUCUUUGUAUGCGAACUUACAUUUUUGUGUUGUGAUGUUUUAUCAUAUACUGCAAAUAAAAGUAUGAUCAAGUACAUGUAUAGAUUGGAAUGGUGAAUAUCUGUAUCAAAAAUGUAA